AUGAUUCAAUUCAAGAUUGUUGUUUUCAUCGUGUCGGCCCUUGCUGUCGGCAACGUCGACGCCGCCUUUCACUGGACGCGAUGCAAGAAUGCACCUCAUUGGACUUGGGCAAAUCCUCCUAACAGCAACAUGGGUUGUUCUGGGCUUAUCUACGACAAAGAUGGAUACUGGGACUCGAAGGCUAAGGACGGGUUGUUUGUCUCGCCCACUGGCUAUCUCCGGACCACCCACGAUUGCAACCUGGUUGUCGUCAGAAGCAAGGCAGGAGUAGGCUCUGCCUGGUGCAAGCAUUACGGUGGCGACUGCUGUCUUCCUAACGAGGCUGGAACGAACAUUGAGAAUAUCUUCGCGUACUACACCGGUAACAGUUAA